CACCGGAGACGGUAAAAGGCACCAUGGAGGACUCCGAGCCCGCAGAGGACGGCUUGCUCGCGGGCUUGCGGUGGAACCGGAGCGCACGGGACCAGGCUCAGCUCAAACACAAAAUCCGGGAUCUGCCGGGGCUACUCAAGCACGGACUGCACCUGCGGAAGAAGAGCCAAUCACCUGACACUAUCCCCGGACCGAGCACUGGACCUACUGUACACAAGUCUUGUUCCCAGAGCUUUCCAUGUGCUGGUCGGGCUGUGAGGAAUGCCUUCCUCUCUCAUGGACCAUACCCGGCUAAAGACAAGAUACACCUGGCCAGAAUCAUACGGCGUAGCUACGUGGGCGUGGAGCUGGUGCAGUGGCUGUGUGAGCAGUGUGUAUAUGUGCGCUGUCGGACUACUGGUGUGCGUGUCUGGCAGGUGCUGCUGGAGCUGGGAGUCCUGCUGUCUGUGGACCAGCGGGUGGUGUUUUCAGAUUCAAACUCUUACUACCAGUUCAGCUUUGAAGAGUGUGACUCCGCCUCCUGUGAAUUUCGCUCAAAUGAGGGGGAGUGGCCAGAAGCGGUUAGGCUCCUCCUACAACUUGCCCCAUAUGUCCAGUUUCGCUCUGGAGGUGGGGCCAACAGCCCGUCAGAGGAGGACUCUGAAGGCAACAGGGACAUCUGCAGUGAGAUUCUCCAGAUGAAAGCUCUUGAGAGGCUCACUUCUACGGUACAAAGUGAGUUGGCGGCUGCUCUUGCCCGAAAGACUCGUAAAGCUUUAUCAGAGCAGGACUCUGAGGCAACGGAGACGAGCCAACAGGAGCCUCGCACACCAAGCGAGGAGAGCAGCCCGCUGGGUGGGGUGUGUGCGCUGCGUGAUGGCGGUGGCAGUGGCGGCGGCGGUGGAGGAAUGGGGAACGUGUGCGGCCGUGAGGAGCUGACCAGUCGGCUGGGGCUGGAGGCCGUUCAGCGGCUGGCCAAGGACGGCUGUCGGCUGCUGCAGAAUCACAACUACCGACUGCCCGACAGGAACCAGGCGGAGGCAGUGGGAAGGGUUUGUCUGAAGGAGAGAGGACGGGACGUAUUGGUGUUGCGGAGAGUAACAUCAUCAGUGACGUCGCCAUCGGACCGGCCCUCACCCACAUCUUCAGGGGGCGGGUCCAGAGAGGAGGAUUGCGACAAGAGGUAUGUGGUGGUGUCGGGGACGCCGCUCAAGAUCUUGGAACAUCUUCUAAGUGACCUGCGGUUGGAUGACCAAAGAGGGGCGCCGGAGAGCAGGGAGAGCGAAAUGCUGCUUGAUGACUUCCUGUUGACCUACCUGGUGUUCAUGUCCACCAAUGACCUCUGUCAAGCCCUGCUGGGACACUAUAGCAGUGUCCGCUGUCGGGGCCAGGAGGAGGGCAAAGACGCCCUCUUCAGAAAGCGAAAGGUACUGCAGCUGGUCUCCCACUGGAGCAGACUCUACAAGGACUUCCUGAAGGAAGAGGAACACGUCAGGAGCUUCAUGAAGACUCUGUACAGGUGUGUUUUAGAAGAUCUGUAUGAGUUCCCCACACUGGAGAAAGACCUGAAGGAGUUCCAGAAACUUCUGCGUCGCAGACACACUGUGGAUGACUGCCCUCCAAACCAAAAGAGUAAACAAAUGUACCAGCAGUUGAGUUUGAAGGAAAACUGUUUGCAGCCCCGAAGCCCACCAACUGAUACUAGAGAGGUUAUUUGUUGUGUAUACGUAAGUGCUGACUCCUACCUGAGUGUCCACACACACCCCUCCCUGGAGGCCCAUGAGCUGCUGAGGAUUGUGGGUCAGAAGAUGGACAGAGCAGAGGAAGAGAUGGUGCUUGCUGUGGCUUCGCACACUGGAGAGCGGAGGCUGUUACAGCCCAGUGACUGUGUGUAUUCAGAGUCUAUGACCCCACAGGGAAAGCUUGUGGUCUGUCGCAGGGAUCUCACAGAGAUUCUGCCUCCUUUAACGGACAGUGCUGAGCUAAGCAGGAGGCCGGUGCGACUCUUAGGUAUCAACACCUGGGAUGUGGCAGCUGCUCUCACACACCUGGACUGGAGCCUUUUCAAAUCCAUUCACGAGCAAGAGCUGGCGUACUACACUCUAAGCCGUGUACCUGGUACCGGCCACAUGGCGGCGCUCUCAGUCCUGCUCCAGCGCUGUAACGAGGUCCAGCAGUGGGUCAUGUCCGAGGUGCUCAUGUGUGUUUCGCUCAACAAGAGAGUUCAGCUGCUCAAGAAAUUCAUCAAGAUCGCUGCUCAUUGUAAAGCCCAAAGAAAUUUGAACUCUGCAUUUGCCAUCAUCAUGGGUCUUAACACAGCAGCUGUCAGCCGACUCAACCAAACCUGGGAGAAAUGUCCAGGGAAGUUCAAGAAGCUUUUCUCAGAGUUGGAGCUCAUCACGGAUCCAUCUCUGAACCACAAAGCCUACAGGGAAGCCUUCAAGAAGAUGAAGCCUCCUAAAAUCCCCUUCAUGCCUCUUCUCCUGAAAGAUAUCACCUUUAUCCAUGAGGGAAAUAAGACCUUCCACGACAACCUUGUCAACUUUGAGAAGCUGCAUAUGAUCGCAGACACGGUGAGAAUGAUUCGCCACUGCCAAAGCGACCAGCCAGGCAACGAGGUAAUCGGGGUCGACAGUGCGGAGGUGAGGGCGAGCGUUCAAUACCUGCACAUUAUCGACAAUCAACAGACGCUUUUCGAGCUGUCACACAAGCUGGAGCCCCGUGCUUAAAGGCGCACACACACAAAUACCCUUAUAGGCACACACACAAACACAGUUGACACACAGCACAGAGGAAAUUCUAGCACCAAGUAUGUGUGACAUGGAGGACGAGAAAAAAAUGCCACACACUCACACAUACACUGCAACAAAAUCUCACCACCAGCAGUGGUGCCAAGUGGACAAUAAGGUGCCAUGAGUUCUGAGGAACCCCAUGAAAACACAGAGCUGCACUCUGCCUGUUCUCUGAAGGCUUUUUAACAUGCGUUUAUAAAGGAUUCAUGGUUAAAUAAUUUAAGUCCGUACACGCUUUGUGAACUGUGUACAGGAAAGAAAUACUGUGCAGCAAAACGGAAGUUUGCCAAACUGAGACAAAGAGAAGAGGAGGCUGUAAUUAGUUUGUACAGUAUCUAUUGGACUGAAUAUGCCCUUGUUUUUGUUCUUGUGAUGAGCUUUUUGUUAUUUAUGAACCUGUUUAGCAGGUGGAAUGUUCCUUUUAUUUCUGUCAUUCAAGUCUCGUCCCGCCCCGGAGGUCAACAAGGACUUGAUAGCCUCUUCAUAGUUUCAGUUACAACCACAAAACAAUCCGUAGAGGAGUUAGAUGUGUUUAUAACCUGAUGGCUAGCAUCUGCCCCAUCGAUGGGUGUCAUAUGAUUUCAUCACAUACCUGCCUCUUCACGCAUGUAUCCAGGAUACAUGCCAUAGUUAUUUAGGUGUAUGAUGUGGAGCUUUUUUGGUUAUUGUGUCGUAGCAUAUUAUGUAACGCAAGCAGCAACCAGGGCUUUAACACUUUUCUCUUUUCUCACAGAGGCUCAGUCUUUUAGCUAAAAAUGUGAGUAAAAAAAUGUGCAGCAGUAUCUUAUAUGUGGAGGAAACACUGUGAGAGAAUUUAAUUGACUGACACGUUGAAAUUUGAAACACUAAAGCUCUCCUGAAUGAGUUAAAACUGUUGACGAAUAGUGAACAAUUCUCUUAGUUUCCACUUUAAAGUCCUGGUUGACUUUUAGCCAAACACUCCUCAUGCACUCUUCUCUAUGAUGUUUUUGUGUGAACAGAUAAUGAUAAUUUUACAUUGUAUAUAAUAAUAUGGACCUAUACAUUUUUCAGUGCCAAAUGUCACAUUGAGUCCUGCAGCGUAGAUGUACUGUAGAGCACUUGGUUUGUUGAUUUUCUUGAAUGAGCCCUGGAACCAGGUCUGCUCCAUGAUCACGUAAAGCAGAUCAGACUCCUCGCAGAGAUGCUUUCUGACAUUACGUUGACUGAUUUCAGGGUGUGUGAUGGUAUCCCACUCCCGGGUUGCUAUGGAAACACAGCCUCAUCACAGAGCCAUUUUUCUUUUUGACAAAUCCUUGAGUUAUAUUGUGUCGACAGAUAAGUCAAGCACCACAGAGCUUUGUUAAGAAAUAGCUUUAUUCAACAAAAUCAUGUUCAUGAAGAGAUUUUGACAUUAUGACUGAAAACAUCACUUCAUUCAGAAGUGGUGUCGUGUAAACUGUCUGUGAAAAUCAUCACAGGGUGUGGACAGAAUAACAGAAACACAAGGCCGCUGUAGUAAGACUGUCUGAUAGGAGCUUUACAGCUUUUGUUUACGCAUUACUUACAUUUAUCACAAAGGUUGUCACAAGACCAGAACUUUAAACUUUAAUGCAAUAGUACAAUUAAACAGUGAUACUCUAUACAUUUUUGAUACCACGGCAAAAAUAAUGUAAACAAAAUAUAAUAAAUAUUUUAAAUAUUUCUUUUUUUUUUAAACUUUUUCUGUAAAACAAACAACAACCUGUAUACAAUGCUGGUACAGAAAAAGAUACUGAAAUCAACACAUUUAGAAUUUGAAUUGUAAUUGCCAUUAAUAUUAGUAUUAAUACUUUUUUCUCUGCCUUGUAGACCUACACAUUCAGGUUGUGAUAUUGUUUUUAGUUUUAUUUCUUGAAAUUAUUAUUAUUUUUAUUUCUUGUUAAAAAACAAUUUUCCUAUCUUCUGUACUUUGAUACUUUCGGAUGUAUAAUUAAUGAAGAUUGUAUCAUUUUCAACAUGUGGUAUCAAAAAAGUAUGGAAUGAUCGAUCAUUUUGACAACCUUGGCUAUCCCUCUGAUUAUUUUGGCCCUCCGACGACAUAUUGGUUGGACAAAAAAUUAUUUCUGAACCAAGCAAAUCCUCAAACAAAUUCCCAUUGACAUGGCCAUGACAUCUAUUUGAUAUUCAAAUCACAGAGGGACCAGCCUGCCUUGUUGCUAAUCUCAGUCUGUAGUCACCAGGAAAGAAAUGCAGCAUAGAAUGAGGGGAAUCAUUCAGAAAUGAUAUACAUAGAAAUUAAGACAAGAAACGCACCUUUUAGUACCACAACAUCACAUCUGUCAGACCUCAUUAGUGUUUGUGUUAUUUUGUCCUCGCCCUGUAUCUGUCCAUGCAUAACCUGUCACUUGAGUGGUACAUUUCUGCUGAGUAAGAGGAAACAUCCCAAAGUGAGAUUUCUAAAUGUUAUGUAGCGAUGCAUGUCUGGCAUUGUUUGGAUAGUUAUAAAACAUGGGGGGUAACGUGCAAUACAGUAGAAAUGUUGUUGCCACAAGUGUUCAUGGUCAUUUCAACAGCAAGCCUUUCAGAGCACAGAGCUGCUUCUCCUGCACACCACACUGAAUCAAACAGACAAGGGAAGACUGAAGAUUUAUUUGACAGCUUAAGUGCCAAAACAGCUUUGGUUCAUUACAAGAAAAAGAUCAAAGGUGAUGUUCAGGUGAAGACUCACUUUUAAAUAUAAUUUGUGCAGCUUACUCACUGUCUGUGCAUUAACAGCUUGUUCACAGACAGACUCUCACCUGUUGUUGUCACCAGCACGUCACCAAUGCUCUGACACUGAAUGUGGAGUUUUGUGGACACUAUUACAGUCACACAGAUUGAUUCAUUUAAAUUUAAAGCCAACUUGAGCCAUUUAAAUAUUUGAUAUUAUGCUGUGGAUAUAAAAUCUAGAGAAGUCUAUUUUCACGUGAGUCUUGAGAUUGUUCAUCCCCAGGAAUUAUUCAUAUCCACACAUAUUGCAUAAACCAUUUAAGAUUAUAGGAAAAACAUUAAUACAUUCUGAGAGUGGAUUUUCCUUUAAAGAGAGACUAUGUAAUUUUUGUUGUGCAUUGUGGUUUCCACAGACAGUUAUUGGAUGAUGCUAAAAGAAUUAGUGGAGAUGAGUUUAAAAGGUUUUUUUCAUAAAACAAUUUAUUGUGUUGAGUUCAGCUUUUCCUUUGUACGCAAGAGGAUCACUGUGCUAUUUCUUCUCUGCAAAGUUACAUAGUCUCGUUUUAAAGAUGCUUUUUGUGAAACAGUCAGUGAUUCUUUGACCUCUACAGAGCUGAUGAAUCAGAGCCAUGGUCUGUUCAUAUUCAGUGUCAUAGAAAGACCUUGUGGUCCUCAUUUUUACUAUCAACCUGUACAUGACGCACACAUGCACAAACACACCUCUGCUCAUUGUGUUCAAAGAGCAGAAUAGUUGUGCUGUAUUACUUAUUUAUUGUAAGAUAUUGUUUAUUUAAGUAUUUCUGAGGUGACAAAAGUUAAUGUGCCAUGUUCAGGGGUUCAACAAAGUGGAAGUUCAUUCUUAAGAAGAGAAGAGGUUUGUGAUUUGAAGCUGCAAUGCUGGAAUGUAAAAGUGUUGUUAUGUUUUGUGGCCACUUGAGGGCAGCAGAGAGCAAGGUAGUAUGAUGACGCUCGUCUCUUUCCUCAGGGGGCAAAUGCUGUAAUGGACAGGAAACCAACAGGAAAGUGUAGUUAGUGUUUUAUCGGCUGUUGUCAUGACUGUGUAAAGUUACCUUUUUUUAAGCUGUUGUUUAAAACCUGUUUGCAUGUUAAAAACAAAAAACACAAAGUUCACAAUGCAAGGGAGGACACAUUGAAGGCUUUGUACUACUGUAAUAUUGUUGAUGUGUAAAUAUAUAUGCCUAUGUUUGGUAUGUUGUUAUUAUUUAUCAGUUGUAAAUGAAAAAAAAAAAAAGUCAACCACAAAGCAAUACGUCUCCCCUUGUGUCCCCUCAACCUUCUGACAGCUGAAGCCACAUGUCUUUUCUAAUGCAGCGUUUUACUAUGUCAACAUUUGACUGAAAUAAAUAAAUUAUAGGUUUUAUGU